AUAGAAAACUUGUCCAAAAAGACAAGAAAAAUAUUUCAGAAUCCAAAACGAAAACUCCCUUCACUCAUCUCAGUCUCAAUCGGUUAUCAACUCUCGCCGGAGCUAGCAAUUUCGUCCUCAUUACAGAAUCUGAUAAUAUCGGUGUGAAAUGUCUCGAAGAUAUGAUAGCCGCACAACGAUCUUCUCUCCAGAAGGUCGUCUUUACCAAGUAGAGUAUGCAAUGGAGGCCAUUGGAAAUGCAGGAAGUGCAAUUGGGAUAUUGUCAAAAGAUGGGGUUGUCUUGGUUGGUGAAAAGAAGGUUACUUCUAAACUCCUUCAGACUUCAACAUCAACUGAAAAGAUGUACAAGAUCGAUGACCAUGUAGCAUGCGCUGUGGCUGGCAUCAUGUCUGAUGCCAACAUUCUUAUCAACACAGCUAGAGUUCAAGCUCAGCGCUACACUUUUGCAUACCAGGAACCAAUGCCUGUUGAACAGCUUGUACAGUCUCUCUGUGAUACCAAGCAGGGUUACACACAGUUCGGCGGACUCCGUCCCUUUGGUGUUUCUUUUCUCUUUGCUGGGUGGGACAAAAACUUUGGUUUCCAGCUUUACAUGAGCGAUCCUAGUGGCAACUAUAGCGGUUGGAAGGCUGCAGCUGUUGGAGCAAACAACCAAGCAGCACAGUCAAUGUUGAAGCAGGAUUACAAGGAUGACAUCACAAGAGAAGAGGCGGUCCAGCUGGCGCUAAAGGUGCUCAGCAAGACAAUGGACAGCACGAGUCUUACUUCUGAUAAGCUUGAAUUGGCUGAAGUCUUUCUCCUUCCAGGCGGAGAAGUGAAGUACCAGGUUAGCUCACCAGACUCUCUGAGCAAGUUGUUAGUGAAGUUCGGAGUCAACCAACCUACUACUGAAGCCUCGUAAGUUAUUGCAGUUUAAUUUUAGACGUGAAUUUCAGCGCAUUCAGUGUCAAAUUGUGUACUACAUGCCUAUAUUUCCCUAAGUUGUUUGUGCUUUGAUACAACAAAAUUGAAUCUUACUGCAUGUGUUUGACAUUGAUUAUGAUUUAUGAGUUCGAUGAUAUCUAGAUCUGAAAGCAUUUUUGCUGAACA